AUGCGCAACUGGCUCAAGCUCAAUUCCUCGGGCACUGAUGCAGAUUUGCAGAAGAAGGCAGCGGAAGCGCAGGCAGUUUGGUCGAGUUGCAAGAGCCCUUCAGAGCGCAAGAUGUUCUUGGAGAGCGUCCAGAAGGAUAAGAGCAAGAACUUGGACUGGGUGCAUACGUUUCACGAAGAAUGCGAAAAUGCAGAAAAACAUAGGGAAUGGGCCAAGAAGGGGUACGUCACAGUUCCGCAAGCUUUGAAAGAACAGAACCUUUCAUUGUCAGAUUUUAAGGGUCAUAAGCUGGCUCUCGAGUUCGUCCAGGAGUGGUGGGAGGAUAAUUCGCAGACGUGCAAUACGAAGGAGGCGUUUCCAGUGAAGUACGACAAGAAGGACCGCAUAUUGUGGCACGAGUUCUAUUUCAUUUUCCCACAGAUGUCUGAGGACAGCUUGGAGACGUCUGACAAGAAAAAGUUUACGGGCGAGGGAAACGUCAAGUCGGCAAAAGCGCUGGAAUGGGCAGCAGCCAGGAUGGGGGAGCUGCGCAGUGGCAGCAGCAGUGCGAGCGCGAACCCAGUGAAGCUGGAGAACCCGCUGUGGCCGAACAUCCAGGCGAACAAGGAUUCGAUCACGUCUACCCUGUCGAAGUACCAGGCUGAGAUGAAGAAGCUGAAGACGCUCCGCGCGAAGCUCCACAAUCUCGCCAAGACUGCCAAGGACAGUGACAAAGGCCGAUAUGACACCUGGGCAAAGGAGGCUGACAAGACCCUCAAGAGCGCGACUGAUCACGAGGAGGCGGUGGAGCUCCUGAUCGAGAAGACGGGAAUCACUCACGAGACGAACGAGAAGAAAGAUGAUUAUGCCAAUCUGAACAAGGAUCUCGUAGCCAUGAAGUCCACCGCAGAGCACCACCUGGACGGCAUCGAACUGGCGGUCAAGAGGUUCUCGCGCUACGUGGAGUGA